UGGUUUUUAAAUGACACAUAUACAAUAUUUAAACAACAUUGAAACACGUUGUAUUGUUUUGCCCUGAAAUUAAUCUUCGCAACUGUUCGUACCACCGGUUCGCCGGUUUUCUUAAAAUUAUUUCUGUUAAAUAAACAACAAAUUAAUAAAGAUUAUGAAAAAAUAUUCAGAAUCAAGUGAGUUUUUAUAGUACUUCGUUGUGAGUAAAAGCGGUGUGAGUAGAGAAGGGGAUCGAUAACGCACACAUUGAAUUUGAUCGCGUUGGCUGUCUUGCGCUCGGCGUCCGUCCCGGCCGCGUCACAUGUCGUGUCAACUGAGAGCGUCAGCUCGCCCGCACACAGCCGCGCGCUGUCUCUAUGUAGGACACGCGACCUUCUACCAGUCGGUUGCAGACUGCAGAACGUUACAUGCGUGCCAACGAUAACACCCUCUACACAUUUUUCUCACAGUAUGUCCUAUUGCAGACCUUAAAAAAAAUUGUCUAAAAAUUACACCAUUUCUGCAAACUUGAAGAAACCGUGAACUGCGAUUUGGACCAUACAUUUUAAAAUAUUAGCGAUAGGUUGACGAAUUGAAAACUUUUGGCGCGUUUUGAACAGAAUAAGAACUGGACCAACCAUUUAAACGACUUGCAUCAUAAAAUUUGUGAACCGACCUUUACACCAUUAAAUACUCAAAUAUCCACGAAUCGAAUAGAUUCAAAAUGAAAACUAUAAAAUAAAUUAUACUAAAAAAGAGGUGUAGCUGACUUAACCUGCGAUCGUGGCAAUUAGUGUAGCGACUGCGAGACUGCGACGUUGCCGUCCCGAGCGACCCCCGCCGGGCCGCCGCCUCGGCGCCGCCACGCCCGCCGCCGUCAGCGUCACGCCAGUCGCCAGUCGCCACCGCUCCGUUAGUCACGUUCACGUAACGAACGCGGACACUUCACGAAUUUUGUUUAAGAUGCCUUUACCGUUCAACAAAAGUUUGGAUAUAAAGUUGUUGCAUCUUGUAAAGGAGUAUCCGAUCUUGUACAAUCCAACACACACAAAGUAUGUGGACUUCGAUUCCAGGGAAGUUGUGUGGCAAAAAAUCGGUGACGCUUUGGGUAGACCCGCUCCGGUAUGCAAAUCACGAUGGGUGAACAUAAGAGACAUGAUGCGGCGGAAGGUACGCGAGCGGUUGCGGAACCCAAAUCAACGCAGCUACAACUACAAGUACGAAGAUGAACUCAAGUUUAUGCUGCCAUAUUAUAAAGAUUGCGCCAACACGAGUGAAGAUUAUACGGAAUUCGCAGAAGAGCAAAAUCAUAUUGAAUUAGAAGUUCCUACGGAAGUAUAUCUAGAAGAAUCAGAAUACGACAGUGAGACGCUAGAAGUCAAACCUAACAUAAAACAAAUGAAAUCGAAAUUAGUUCAACAACCCCACGAAGACCUUAAAGAACACGAGAGAAACAUAGAGAGAAGCCACGAUAUGAAUCCAACUGAUCCACUAGAAGUAUUCCUCAUGACUAUAGGAUCCACACUCAGGAAGUUCAGCCCGUAUUAUUUGAAUCAAGCUAAGAGUAAAAUAUUUCAGGUCGUGCAGGAUUACGAACUCCAACAAAUCGUUAAUAAGGAAGAUCCACCUAGCCACAGCAAUGCUAACAGAUAGUUAUUAAGCAAUUUUAGGUUUAAAUAAUUCUUAUGUUAAUGAAGAUGACGUUAGGAUGCGUAACUUUUUUGAUACCUACCAGGCAAAGCUGGUUGAGUUGGUAAGGGAUCUCUUUUAUUUAGAUUCUUAUUAUCUCUAUGUUUACCUUUGUAAUAUACCUAUUUUGUUUUUAUAAAUGUAUAUUACAUUUAAAAAAUAAAUAUAUUUUUCAA